CAACGAAGCAAGUUCACCGGGAGUGAGCGAAAGCUACAAUCUGCGACUCAACAACACGGUAUCGCCUACCUAGGUGGACAUGGAGUCCAUGAUUUUGGGGGAGUGACACAACUUAACCAGGUACAAGCAACUGACAACACUGUACACAAACUCCCAUGGCUGCUACAGCCCGUAGCAGGACUGGAACUUCUAGAGCUGGCUGGGUUGCUUUUUCAGACGAGGGGUCGCAGACAGAUGAGGACAGCCUCCAGCCCUCUUUAGACCAGAAUAUGGUGGACUCCUCAACCUGGGCAGAGGAACCUUUUUUGCCUGCCCAGAAGCCAGAGCAGCAGACUUCCUGGGUCCAAUUUGAUGAUAAACCAUGGUCUCACUCUCCUCCUCCCCCAACGCAGGUAAAAGGCCCCAGGCAUAGUGUUUGCUCUUCGGCCAGCUUCUGGAGCAAUGUUCCCCCAUCAGAGAGCAGCUGGACCACCCAAUCAGAGGAGCAGAGCUCUGUGAGCAUGGGGGCAUCCUCCUGUGACCUGCCCUCUCUUAACACAGAAGAGCUGCCCAGUCAAACACCCUCCUGCCCACAUUCUCCCAAUUCCUCUGUAUGCCAAGAGGAUGAAGGAAUAACCAUGGAUUCUUUCAAAUGGACAACCAACAACCAUCAAACUAAUGGCCAAACAUAUGCUACCUGCAACCGCUUUGCUAGCUGGGUUACAUUUGAUGAUGAUGAAGACAAUGUUUUCCAGCCUCCAGAGAGGCUGCCUAAAAUAAAACUAGACAACCUGAACAAUUCUUCACUUCAGGAUGCCAACAGCAACCUGAUUUCCUCUUCCUUUUGCAACCAGAUGACCGAGAGACACAUCCUGGACUUGACCCCAGAUGGCACCAAUUCUGUUUUUGCCUUUGAAAGCACUAUGAACAACAGUGCCCCUUACAACAAGAAGAACCCAUUCCUGGCUGAUGAAUUCUCCAACCUUCAACUAUCCCCUAUUAACCCUUUCAGUGCCUUCUUUAAUAAAACAGAGCUGAAAACGUCUCAAAACUUUGUCCUGUGCCAGGAGAAACCUGAUUUCUCAACCCUCAGUUCACCAAUCUUUGGGUAUCAAGAUGCUGAUAUCAAAAGGGAAUUCUCAGCACAAAAAGUCUCAGCGAGUGGAAAUGAAGCUGUCCCAUCUGGCCCUCCUGAAGAUGGUCUGGAUCAGCUCAGGAAAAUACAAAUCUCUGACCCUGACCUUGAUGAUAGUCCCACCCUACCAGAUGAUACUCUGGAUGCAGAAGAUUCUGAUGAAUCCAUCUAUGAACCAGACCACAUGAUUCCUCAGGAAGGGUGGCCCAUGCUCCUACGCAUCCCAGAGAAGAAGAACAUCAUGUCCUCACGUCACUGGGGACCAGUUUUUGUCAGGUUGACGAAAAGUGGCCAGCUGCAGCUCUUCUAUGAGAAAGGGCUUGACAAGCCAUUUAAAGAGUUCCAGCUGAACUCCCAGCAUGAGGUAUCUGAUUCCAAGCUCCAGAACUAUGAUGAGAACGGCCGUGUACAUACUGUUAGUGUAGACCAUGUGGUUUAUAAGGAGAAGAGGAAGCUCCAGCCCAAGGUCACGGUAGUUCAUUUGCCUGUCAAAGAGCAAUUGGUAAAGCUUGGGACCACAAACUACCAGGACUUCUUGAGCUUUCGUCACACCCUGCAGGAGACCCUUGUGGGUCUCUCUGUAGAUAAAGAAGGCCUCAGCUGGCCAACAACUUACACGGAGGAGGAGAUCUACAUGGAGGUGAGAGAUAACUUCUAUGGAAUUCUCUCCAAGGGGGACAGUCGUAUUUUGGAGCAGUUGGUUUUGACCCGAGUAAACAUGCUAGCCUUCUUGAAUGGCUCUCCACUGUGCAGUAUUGGCCUCAAUGAUGUCCAAGUCAAAGGUAAAGAAGUGGUUUCUCGGCAUGACAUAAUUCCCAACACAACGUCACGUUGGAUUCACCUACACAACUGUCGACUGCAUGAUUGUGCAGAUCACUCAGAGUUUGCAGAGUCUGGAGCCAUUACUUUUAGUCCACCAGUUGGCCGUCACUUUGAACUGCUGUGUUUUCGCACAGCGUUUGCAGAAAAAACCCUUCCCUUCACUCUGAGAACAGUCGCUAACAUCAAGGGCGCAGAAGUGGAGGUGCAGUCCUGGCUGUUGAUGUCAACAGGUUUCACAUCCAAUCGAGAUCCUUUGACGUUGAUACCAUGUGAGAAUGUUGCAAUCCGUUACCCCAUACCUGAAAUUUGGGCGAAGAACUUUAGGCGGGAGAGUGUGACAGGUGAGAAGUCCCUCAAGGCUCGCUUCAAUAAAGGAGCCAGCUUUGGUUCAGCCAGCACAUCAGGAUCAGAACCUGCCAUGAGGGUCACGCUAGGCAAUGCGAAAUAUGAACAGGCCUUUAAGUCUGUCGUGUGGAGGAUCAGUCGCCUGCCAGACAAGAACUCAGGGCUGGGGCACCCUCAUACCUUCUUCUGUCGUUUGGAGCUAGGCUCAGACUGGGACGUGCCCCCUAAGUUUCACUGCCAGGUGGAAGUGGAGUUUGAUAUGCCUUCUGCCUCUGCAUCGAAAGCCACUGUUCGAUCUCUGUCUGUGGGGGACAAAACUGACUUGAAAAAAUGGAUCACUUACAAAUCGCAUUACUCCUAUCAGGUGGCAGUAGAGCUGAAAAAUGAAAGCAGAAUGGAGAGCCCUCAAGAUGAGCAGCCAGGAGAGUGCCAUCAACAGUGAGGAAGAGCCUUUUUACUCCCAGGAAAAGAGAAAGUUAUACAGGUUGGACUUUGUUGAACGGUAGAAAGUUCAGCUCUGAACUUUAGUAGAUAUUUAGUUUACAUCUCGUGCACAUUUGGAAUUUUUUUUGCCAAGAUUUGGUGUAUUAUUGAAAUGAAAUUAAAGAGUAUGUCCAGUAGGAAUGAUAUGCACAAAAGAAAAACGUACUGCAUGAAUGUUCUUGAGCUCUACAUAUGUUAAGAAUGUAAUUUACUAUUACAGCAAUUUUUUAGGUUCUUAUAAGAACUUUUAUUUUAAGAACAUGGAAAUAUUGCACAGCCCAGUCUUACUCACCUAGCGAAAAAACUCUGUGAUCACUGGGGGAUAAAAUCCUUAAAUCUUCGCCAAAAACAUCGCAGUUGUCACGUUUUGUCUUAAAUGCAGAAAUCACAGAAUUGUACAUUUUUUUCUGUAUAUUUUGGCAUAAUAUAGAAAGAGUAAUUUGUGUAGAUUUUCUGGGUUCAUUUUCUUGCUAUUUAAUUUUGUACAGGGGAUAAUGAGGGACUCAUUAACUAACACAUUUCAGAGCCUGUUUUUUUUUUUUUUUUUUACAAAUAAAUGUAAUUUAGUCACUAAUUACAACUUAAACCAAGAAUGUCAGUAUUACAGCUAAAGGUACCAGUAAUGCAAAUUGUUUACCUUAGAUUUGUGUUUGAUAUGAGUUUUGUAUUUAAUUUUAUUUGCAGCCAUUGUUUUUAAAAAUAGAGCAGCACAAAUAUAGCAUUUGCAUUCAGUUCAGAUUUAAAUGCUUGCAAAAAGAGGCCCAUUUGUUAGUAGCUGCUCAGUUAAACUCUUAAAGAAGGAUUUUGCUCUAAACGUAGGUGGAGGUUUCAGUUAGAGAAAUAAAUCAUGAAAUAAUAUAGCCUGUAUAUUGCACAUCUUGAUGUGUGUAAAACACUGAAUAUGAAUAUGUAAAGGGAUGUUUCCCCCAAAAUAAACAUUUAAUCUACUCACCCACGUGUUGUUCCACAACCUUACCAAUUUUAUUUCUUCAGUGGAACACAAAAUGAGAUGUUACUUUAGGCUAUAUAUAAGACCGACAGCCUUAGUCACCAUUCACUUUCAUUGUAGACUUCAGAAUCAGAGUACCCGCGGUAUGUGCAUACCAACCCUUAUAAUGGAAUCUAGAUAAACAUUUUAAUGCAAACAGGGAUAUAACUGAUAAACACCCCACUUUGUAAUCUAACGGACCCCCCCCCCACACACACACUCAUUUGCUCUCAGCGCCCCCUGGCAUCCUUUGAACGCCCACUGGGGGUGGUACUGACCCCCACUGAGAACCCUUGAUAUAGAGCUUAACCAUUGUGUUAAACUAGCAAAACUGCUGUAUUUAUGUCUCUAUGAUUUUGUGAGCUUUGAACAAAAUUUUUGUACAAUUCAGUUUUAUGAUAUAGAAGUUUUGUCUACUUCAUGUGAUAGAUUAUUUAAAAGAAAAAUCAUAGUUCAAAUAACACAUCCCAAACAAUAAUUGUCUAUUGUAUUUUUAGAAUUUUAAUUUCAUGUUUUGUUUGCUUUAGUAAUUAUUCAUGCACAAUCCUAAUCCUAAUCAUGAUCAGUUUUGGAAAAAAAGGUUUGUCUUCAAAGCAUCAACAGAAAUAUGUAAUAUUGAUCUCACUAAUGUUACCUUGAAAGCACAGAAUGUUUAAAAAAAAUGGUUGAAUUUCUGCUUGUUGUGAAUCAUGUUAAAAAUGAUUGACACGUUGAGUAUAUCAGCAAGAUUCUUAAUAUGUAAUGACGCUCACAGUUAUAAUGCUUUACAUUUGGCAUAGAAAUAAAUAGUUAGUGCCCUCAAUUUCUUAGUGUUUAGUAUGUUCUAAUGAGUUUGUUCCAGGACUGACAUAUUUUUUAUGUUGUUGUUGUUUUAUGUUGUUUUUUUUUUUUGUCAUUUUAAACAAAAAUGUAAGUUUUACUAAUUGGUUUAAUAUUGUGAUAAUAACACUGCAAUAUUUCAUUCCCAAAAUGUGUGGGCGUUAGAUAUGUUUACUAAAUAUGCUUUUGUUUAGUUAUUGUCUUCUUCAUAAUCCGCUGUAAUUCCAAAAACCUCCUUCCAUCUUUCUCAUUUAAAGAACUGGACGGCAUGCAUACAAUAAAGUAUGUUUGAUAAAAAUCAUGGUAUUUAGAAAACUCUGGCUUUUCUUUUGAGUCUUUUCCCCCAUAUCUUUUGAUUUAGUGGAUGAUAUACAGUUUUCUUAAUUUGCUAAGCAGUUCUCUACAUUUAUAGAGACAAAU